AUGAGUGAUAUUUUAGUGAAUUAACUUAGUAAUUCUAAUCUGAUUGUACUAUAUACAGCUGGAGCUGGAGCAUAAGCUUUAUGUCAUUUUACACUUCAUCCUGGAUCAUCAAAAUAUGCCCUUGAAUCUUCUAGUUUCUAUGCAAAAGGUAGUCUAGAAAUGCUAUUAAAUUAAUCAAUCACAAAAUUUGUUACAAAAUAAGUUGCAGAAGAUAUGGCACUCAAAGCAUUAAUUAGAUCUCAUGAGAUUUAAAUUAAAGAAGAUAGUUUUGAUAAGUUUUAAGUCAUUUUAUUAAUAGAUUUAAUUCUACUUUAGGAAUUGGAAUUACUGCUGCUAUUCGGUCUGUUAAUGAUAGAUAAGGAAAACAUCAUGCAUUUAUAUGUCUCAAUUAUGGAAUUAUCAAGUUCACUUAUUAUUUAGAUUUAGUUAAAGGAAUUAGAACUAGAGAACAAGAAGAUUAAUUCAUUUCAGAUGUUGUAUUUCAACUCAUUCUUAAACAUUCUAAUUAAUAGUCCAUUUCAAAUGAAUAAUAAUUCUAAGACUAAUCCAUUUCAAAUUUAGAUAAUGCUUCUAUUAUGUUAAUUAAUUAAGAAUCAAUGAAUUAAAAUCUAAUUCAAUCAUUGUAAACUUCACCCAAUUUAUUAUAAUCUAUACUAUUCACAACUAAUCAAUAUUAACUAAAUCCUAUUAUUCAAAAUGCAAUCAUAAUGAGUGGAUCAUUUAAUCCUAUUCAUGAUGGACAUAUUGAAUUAGCUUAAAAAGCUUAAAAUCUAUUAUAAUUGAAUACAUUCUAUUUUGAAUUAUCUAUUAUUAAUGCUGAUAAAAAAGAUAUUACUGUCUAAGAAGUAGAAAAGAGAUUAGAAUUAAUCAAAAAAUUUCAUCCUAAUAUUAUAUUAUCCAACAAAGCAUACUUUAAAGAUAAAAAUCAAUUUCUUAAAAAUGGUGCAUUUGCUAUUGGUAUUGAUACUUAUAAAAGACUUGUUGAUCUUAAAUAUUAUAAUAAUUCCAUUUAAGAAAGAGAUCUUUCUCUAUUCUCAUUUUUACAAAAUAAUAAUAAGAUAAUUGUAGCUCCUAGAUACAAUGAUGCAUAAUAAAAAUUAGAAUCUUUAAAUGAUUAUGGAAUUCCUAAAAUAUUAGAAGGGAAUGUGAUUGAGUUGAAUGACUUUAGAAAUGAUAUCUCUUCAACUAAAAUAAGAUAAAGUGAAGGCAAAUGA